AUGGCGGCGGUGGGGCACCGGGGCGGCGAUGGCGCGCAAGGCGCUGCAGCGACGCGAGACGAGGGCCACCCAGUGUACGGCCAGAGCCACAAGCGUCUCUUGCCGCCUUCUGCCAAUUGGUACUGCUCAAAGAUCUGCGACUGGAGCGACAGCGACGUCUUUGGGUUGUUGUUUGCCUUUGGAGCAAAGAACAGUCUCUUUCUUUACCGCGUCGAGAGCAGGCCAUACCCAACAGAUCGACGCCCAGAUGCAAGCUUAGGCUUAACGGUCUCGUUUUUCGCGCAGGUAGUGCGUGGGAAACGCGACCGUCGGGUGACGUCGGUGCAGUUCCUCAUGAACGCGACGGGGGAGCUACGUCUGGUGUGCGGCGGCGAAGAAGGCAGCGUACAGAUCUGGGACGUGGCGUCGCUCACGAUGAUUGAGCAGCAUCAGAAGCACAAGGCGGAAGUGAUGGCGGUCGCCGCGUCUGCCACGUUGGAUGCAAACGUUGUCGUGGCAGGAGAUCGACGGGGACAGAUUAGCGUGUGGGAACGAGAGUUAGGAAGAGUGUCGAUGUUCAUGCCAAUCUCAGGUGAUGCAGUCCACUCAAUGGCUAUGUCACCGCACGACAAAUCAUUGGUUGCGGUGGGAUAUCGCAGUGGGAGGCUGUGCCUUGUGGACGUGGUUAAACGUAUCGUGUGUCACCACCUAUCUGGUCACGACCAGGAAGUUCAAUGUGUCGCGUGGAAGUCGACGGCUGGAAGCCGUCACGGUAUCGAACAAGAGGAGGAGGAUGCGGGCGGUGUGCAUAGUUCGUCCGAACGAGAAGUGUGGCUUGCAUCUUCGUCUCGGGAUAAAACGAUCAAGGUGUGGAAAGUCUCUUCGAGCGGUGCGGAAGAACCAGCAUGUGAGCAGGUGCUUCGGCUUCCAACGGGAAAACAGGGCAUGUCAUUUACCCAGACCAAGCAACUUUGGUUGCCAAUAGCCUGGAGUUUGAGCUGUCCAGAGAAAUCAGCUGUCAAGCAUAAGCUGUGGUCAGGCUCAUUCGACGGCAGUCUGUUUUGUUGGGAAUGGAAUGCGUUUGACACAAAUACGCAGAGACGAACGGGAAACAGUCGCUGUGCGCCGUGCAAACCUGUUGUAGUCAAAGGCGGUCAUAGCCGAAUGCUUUUCAGCAUUGCAAUGGUGGCUCCUCGGGAGACCGCAUCGGGAGAAAACAGAACUACAUUUAUGGCCACUGUUUCGCUCGAUCGCGAAUUGCGACUAUGGAAGGAAAACGUAUGCUUGGGAUCUACGACAGCAGCAACCUGCAUCGAGAAGAUGACCGGAUUGGGUGGACAUGCUUACAGUGUAUCGUAUAAUGCAGCAACCGGUCUUAUAGCUGCAGGUGUUGGGGAUCAGACCAUUCGGCUUUGGGAUAUUGGUACUGAGACCGCACCGUUAUCGGGUAGCUAUACGUGUGACCUGUUGUGGAAAGGGUUGCAGAGCAAAGUCACUUGCGUCCAAUGGCAUCCGUUCCAGCACUCCUUGUUAGCUUACGGAAUGGAUGACGGACGCAUUGGCAUCUAUGAUGUCCAAACGAAGACGUACAGCUACUUUCGUACUAAACACGAUAAGGAGGUGCAACAGCUCCAAUGGGUUGUUCAAAAGCCGAAAAACGGCGGUACUUGCAACGACGGAGAAAACGCUUUCCUCACAAGUAUCCGGCAAUUGAAAGCUGCGCAGGUCGCAGGUCAGAGUCUCGAAAAAGCAUUGACCGUUCAAGAAUCCCAGUCAAACAAAGUUCUCAAUGGGGAUGAUCUGAAGGUCAUGCUGUGGAGCUGCGAUGCACGCGGUGCUCUUUUGGAAUCAGACGCCGACGACGUUGGCCAAAAAUCUCACGAGAUUGCGCUGAGUAGUACUACAUUUGAUUGGGACGAGCAAUUUAGGCUGGUCGCUAUCGGUCAAGCUGAUGGUGUUGUGGAAGUUGUGGAUUGGAAUCAAAGUGCAAUUGGUAGCGGCGUUGCGCGACGUCGCUUUCACGAGCAUUUGGAGUCCGUGACGUGUCUAGCGUGGGGAAAAGGCAGUGACGGGGGCUUGUUAGCCUCUGGAGAUCAAGAGGGCAAACUAUUUAUCUAUAGCUGUCACAAAUCUUCUGUCUCGCGAGAAAACGCCGGAGCUAUUGUUAACUCAGACGAACUUAUGCACGAGGCCAGUCUUUUUGGAACUCUGACAGGCCACUCGAACAAAAUUAUCAGUAUAAGGUGGUGCGCCAACGAAGCUCAGUCGUCUCUAGCGUCCAGUUCGGCCGAUGGAACUGUACAGGUAUGGAAUCCCGUGUCCUUACAGAGGAGAGCAUGGUUCAACCACCACGUCGGCCGCGUCUUAUCCAUAGACUGGGUAUCACCUUACGCGCUUGUUACAGGCGGUGAGGACCAAACGUUGCGCGUGUGGGAUUAUCGAGACCAGCCACAAGAAGCAUUGUCCAAACUGAGAAAGCAUGGCAAGGUGAAACAGCCACGGGAAGUGGAAGCAUUGUUGUCUGCACCAUCUGCCGACGACGCGGUCGUGGAGACCCAUCAAGUCCGUACGGCCGACCGCAAACAGUCGCAUCAAUCAUGUUUUACAGACAAGUGCAACUCGCAGCGCGAGACGAACGUAGCGUCUAGGAAGACGACAAGUGGAGUUUUCCAUUCGGAAAAGAAACUCACUCCAACCGAAAUUGCUUCGGCCUGUUGCAGUAUAGCCGGUGUGAAACAGGCAGAUGCUAGCAGAGAUGUCAUGGACAGCGCGGAUGCAGAUAAGGCGGCAACCACUUUUCUCGCUCACACUAAUCGUGCGUCUCUUCGGAGUUUCUUCGAUUCGGAAACCAGCCGUUUUCGAGAAGAAGGAGAGUGGGAAAGUCUUGCCAACACCUUGCUUCUACAAGGCAAAGUCAUCGAAGCUUUACGAGUCGUAGCGAAGGCAAACGCUUUGACGCCGACGUGGCUUUCGUACGCCCCAGCAGCUGGUAUGGAUGUAUGGCGUGAGAUGGUGACUGUGUACGCCCACCAGCUCGGUGCUCAGGGCGAUCAUAAAGCAGCAGCGUUUCAUUUACUUAGCAUUGCAAAAGUCCGUUCGGCUGUCGCUUGUUUGGUCAGCGGUGAGGCUUACAAGGAAGCUCUGGCACUUAUUCGAUCGAAGUUGGGACCCGGUGAUCCCCUCCUUCACGACACAUUGUGGAAAUAUGCCGACUUCCUCAUCAAGCGCGGCCAUCGUGAAGAAGCAGCACUGGCACUUCUGAAUAUUGGAUCCACUAAGGCGAAGGCGAGGGCUGUACGGACGCUCGUGAACACAGGUGACAUGACCUGUAUUGGAGCUGCCCUGGAUGUGCUUCUAGCUGUGGUGGAAUGUCGAACGGAGUCUGGUGAACUGUGUGGAAGAGACCGUGAGAACGAAGCGGCGCAUCUUUCAUUUCCUGCAAGCCUUUUCAUCUCGAUCGCCGCUCAAGCUCUUGCGAAAGGGCGUUACGACAUUGCAGAAAAUGCGGGACAGUUACUUCAAUCUUCGCUAGUCGGAGACUCGUCAUCAGCUUCGCAUCGGCUAACAGCGUGUCUUCUUGGUAUUCCAGGAAUCGUGCAUCAGCAUCGACUAGUCUACUGCGUACUUGCCGAAGCUGAUGAGACAGCUGUGGAUCACCACCGAGUCGACAGUCUGCUCCAGUUUGAUGCGCCGCAAUGUGUUCGCGAUUUUUUCGAGCUCUUGACAAGGUCACGUGCAGAUAGCACAGAGGAUGACGAUCGCCUGUGCGAUCUAUUGAUGAACGAGUACGCUCCUCCAUCUCUCCAGAAAGGAACACAAACAAAGCAGUGGUUCGCAAAUCGUGCUGAUCGUUUCUGGCUGCAAAUAUUGAGUCUUUGUCGGAGAUGUGGGUACUGGUUCGAUGCCGAUGGAAUCAGUCGUGUUCAGGACGCACAAGAAGCUUUGGUCGAAGCGAGAUGCUUUAGGGAAGUUGAAACGGCUAUGGCAAAACAUGUGCGUGAAUUGGGAGAUGAUGGCGUUUGGUUGCUACCAGUCUGUCAGAAAGUGUUACGGUUUGUGAUUGACGUAAUGAGCACCAGUUUUAUCGGCGCUCUGGAGCAUAUGCGAGACACUUUUUUGCUCUUGACACAAGGCAAAACCUCGACGCCUACAAGCAACGCAAAAGCUAUAGCUUCAACUUUUCAUGGAGGUCAAGGUCACUUCACUGGCGCUGUACGCCUCGAUGUGAUGGCACUACUCUAUCCGCGCGGUCUUGCGUCACCAAAAGAUCUGCCACAGUGUGGUGAAAUUGUGGAAGAGCAACUUGAUGCGCUCACUUUAUUGAGCUCAGUGUUUUUGUCGCAAUGCAGACUGUUUUUGCAUGUGGCAUCAGCCGCGAAGGAUGUCACCGACAUCGGUAAACAUGAUGUGGAUUCGCUGAUUCGACUAUUACUGCACCAACUUCGUGUGUGGUUCUUACAUGACGAGGCUACGCCACCACUUGGUCGACAUUUGCUGGAUGCUGGGAAUCGGUUGCAGGUAGAAGCACUGCUCAAUGAUGAGCUUGUGGUAGUGUGUCGAUACACUAGCAGCCGAGAGGACGACGAGGGGAGCUGCGCUGAUGAACAGAAAGCUGAAGCUAAUCAAGGUGACGAUGGUCUGUCGAGAAAGCAGGCUUUGUUCGAUGACAUUGACGAUAUUCGAGGGUGUCUUAGGUCGAGCGGUGACGGUGACGAAAAAUGA